UCAUCAUCCAGGAAAUAAAACACGUCCUGUUGUAGACCUGCUUUCACGAAGCAUGACCUACCAGAACAGCCGUCAGAAAGCUGCAGACAGGCAUGGUUUGAAGACUGAAGCAGGAUCGGGAUGGGGGCUUCUCUGCGCGCGCUCUACGGGGCCACUUUGAUCCUUUUGGUGCGUCUGUCGCAGCUUGGCGAAGCCAGAGUGAACACUGAGAUCCAAGUGGGCCCUUUGUAUCGUGUGGUUGACACUCGACUCUCAAUUUUCUGCAAUGCGAGUGGCUACCCCAGCGACAAAAGAACAGAGUUUCAGUUUCGUAUGAGUCGGCCGUCAAGGCCAGAUUUUAGUGUCAACAUCAUCAGCUCAGAGGAGCCAGAUUUCAGUUAUGCCAGUCACGGAAAACGUGUGGCGACUAAAGACAUCGUUCUGAUGCACCAGGGUCAGAGUGAUGUCCUCUUUGUGAUAGAGAAGCUACUCAAAGAGGAUGAAGGAGAAUACGAGUGCAUCUCUGUAAGUAAAGAAACUGUACUUGAUGGGACCUUCAGCGCCAAGACAAUCGUUAAAGUGAUCGAUGAUUCUCUUAGCGUCUUACUACGCGACUCUUCGACCUCAAUGAGUCUUAAAGAAGGGGAAGCCCUGUCUUUGACAUGCCAAGCCUCUAGCGACACUCUCCAGCACACCCAUCUCUCUGUAGUCUGGUUUCUCCAAAAGAAAGGGGCACAAGACCCUCAGCCCAUAAUUUCUCUGAGUAGAGACUUCACGCUGAUUCCAGGCGGGGACUUCAAGCAGCGCUACAAAGAAGGAGCCAUUAACUUGGAUAAAAUAGGAGAGACUACAUACAGGUUAAAGAUUACCGAGCUGCAGCUGUCAGACCAAGGCCAGAUCUACUGCCAGGCUCAGGAGUGGAUCCAAGAUCCUGAUCGUUCCUGGUACUCCAUCAAUCAGAAAGAUACAGAGAAAAUAGAUCUUACAGUCAAAGCUAGAGAAGUUGGACCAGACGUGUUGUCUCUUGUAGUGAAAAUCUCCUCAGAGAAGACUUUACUGCUGGAAGGGCAAGAACUGCUGGUAUCCUGCAGCGUAGACACACAGAACCUGAAGGAAAGGUUCUUCUCAGUUGCAUGGUUUCGCGAGGACAUUGAACUGAUACGCAUUGGCCCUACGGGAAUUCUGACAGUUUCUUUGGACGAUCAGAGAGUAGAAGAGGGCGGCCUGAGGGCCAUUCGGAUUGGAGAUGGAGAUUAUCGUUUCGGCUUGAAGCCUGUCAGCAAGGAUGAUCAGGGAAGUUACAAUUGUGUGGCGUGGCCUGAGGAACGUGGUUCCGAUGGGGUCUUUUCAAAGGGAACACCCCAGAACUCCAACAGCCUGCAGAUCACCAUCUCAGUUCCAGAAAGUGGACUUUCAGUGAAAAUGCAGAACACCACACUGAAUGUAAACCAACUGGACAAGCUCAUGUUGGUCUGUAAAGUGGGAGGGGCUAAAGAUUAUCUCUCAGUCAACUGGGAAUUUAAAUCAGUCUCAAGUUCAACUUUCACCAGCAUCAUCAGUCUGGAGUCAGACGGCGUGAUGAAAAAAGACGCGACGUUUAAAGACCGCCAAGUGCGAGCAACGCGCCCAGCAAGUGACAGCUUCGUGUUUGAGCUGGAUAAAGUCACGCUGGCGGAUUCCGGCCAAUACAAGUGCCAUGUGGUUGAAAAAGUACCAAACCAAGACCUUCACACUAAUGCCUCAGAGUGUGCUGUCACCGUCAUUCCCCUUGCAUCAUUGAUGGAAGUGUCCCUGAGAAGUCGUAGCAUCAGCCCGACUAUAGGAGCUGAGGCUGUGUUGAUGUGUAAGGUGAAGGGUCCGCGCAUUCCAAUAACUGUGUCCUGGAUAAAAAAAAAAAACAUUGAUAUAGAUGAGAUUGUGAAGCUGAACUACAAUGGUGACAUAAGCUGGGCUGGAAACCAGGAAAGCUAUCAGGUGAGCGUACGGAAUCAAAUAGAUUCGGUCAUUUAUGACCUGAAACUCACCAGUGCCAGCCAAAUGGAGAAAGGGACCUACCAGUGCAGCGUGUCCACUUUUGUGGAAGGCGCACACAAGAAGUUAGCUACAUCUAAUGGCCUAGAUGUAGCGGUGCAGAAUCCAGGGACAAAAUUCAAAGUAGAUCUGAAUCCCAACAUUGAGCAAAUGAUUAACACUGACCUACACAUGAAGUGUUUGUUCGAGGGAUCUAUUCUACAAUAUGCCUACUCUGUCACUUGGUUGCUGCAACGGGAAACAGGAUAUAGAAACAUCGUCAGUAUAGACAAGAAUGCUCUUGUGACAUAUGGAAAUGUGCCAGAGCUCAACCACAGACAGCGUGUCAGCAUAAGGCGCACUGAAGGUGCUUUUGAGCUUGUCAUUCGACAAGCCAAACUUUCAGACUCUGGUUCAUACGUUUGCAACGUGACUGAGUGGCUAAAAGAUCCCCGAGGAUCUUGGAUUUCGCUCUCGACGUUGUCCAUGACCACAAAGGUCAAGAUUUCUGAGCCAAAAACACAUCUGUCAAUUGAAACCAGACAGUUGAAGGAGCUGAACAUAAGCAAAGACAAGGAUUUUACCAUCCCCUGCCACCUCAUGAAACAAGCCAGCAAUGAAUCCCAGUUCCAGGUCACUUGGUUUUGGCAAGAAGACACAGAAAGCGACAUGCGCAAAGCCAUAUUCACAGUUUAUCGAAAUUCAACCCUACAAAGCAGCUUUGAGGAGGUAGAUCUUAGGUUUAGUCAUCCUGGAGAGAGCAUUUUCAGCCUAACGGUGCUAAAGCCCAGUCCUCAACACAGCGGCCUGUAUUUCUGUGAAGUGGAGGAGUGGCUCCCAUCUCUCCCCCAAGAGUGGCGAAGGGUUACCACAGCAACAUCAGAAAAACUUAAUGUCACCGUUACUGGUGAAGGAGAGAAGGAGCACACAGUUAUGGAUCCCAAAGUGCCCUUCAGCGUGACUGUUGUUAUCUUGUUGUUGAUUAUAGUGGCUUUGGUCAUAACGAUUUGCAAGACUAAGGGUUCAGGCAGCAAAAAGCAAAACCACACUCUCUGGGCUGAACAGGGUCAGCAUAUAAAAUUAGACGCUGACUAAACUGCAGAAAAAGUAAAGAGAGAAGAAAUGUUUGCACUCUGUUAUGCUCUGAAAUGUACACAAAAGUGUUUCAUCAUGUAAAAUAGGCAGCCUGUGUGUUUUGAGCCCCUGUUGAAAGUUUUUAUUUUUAUUUUUAUGUGUUAAAAUGUGAAUUUUUUUUUAACAGAUUUGUGUUGCAGUUUAAGUUUUAAGAAAUGCAAAAAAAUUUCUAAGCUUUGAAAUGACAUAAACGGAUCUAAUGUUCAAACUAACAGCAUGCAGAGAGAAGCUUUGCAGCAGAAUAAUGCAACUGUUCUUGCUUCAUGCAAUGAGGGAGCUGAUGUGUCUUCAUGCUUCUUCAUUGCAAAAGCUGCGGUGAGACGUCUACAGUUUUCUAUGUAAUGCUGAGUGAAUUGAAAAGGAAGUGCUCUGUGGGUUUUGUCUUUGGUGGUUGGCAAAGCUGCUGUUGUUAGCUUGUGUGAGACAAACUACUUUGUAAAAAAAAGGCUAAAGUUGAGCAGCAGUUGUCAGAAUGUUCCAGUCUCAGCAUGAUUUCUACUUUUGUUCCUAAAUCUGAUUAAUUUAUGUGGUUUUGUCUUGAGUGUUUGUCAAUGCUUUGGUUUGACACUGUUUUGGUCAAAAAGGAUUUGUGAAAUUCUCAAUGUGUUUCCUGUUUGUGUUCUGUUUUAUUUAUGGUUGAGCAGCAAAGAAGACACGCAUAAUGGAUAAUUUUACCAAACUAGACAGCUGAUGCUCUGAUUUUAGAGCAGAUCUGUCAAUCGGCUGACUGGACGUUUUAUUUUUAAAUAUGUGAUUAUUCAUCUUUGGCAUGCUGUUGGAAACUACUGAAGAAAAAAUGAAAUAAAGUCACUUCCUGUCUUUGUGUCUCUGAGA